AUGGAAAUUGCUAAAAAUGUACGCGAUUUCCUUGUGGGGAUGAAGGAGACAUUAUCCCCUGAGGAAGAUCAACUAUUGUCAAGUCUUCAGACGUUGCAUGAGAAGUAUCUUAAUAUCAUGGAAGACUUCUCCGUAGAAGUGUCGGAGAAGGCAUUGAGUAUGAGUCCAGAGUCACGAAUGGAAGCUCACCAGCUACGACUCAAGAUCUACCAGGACUGGCGUGCCAGACUAAUGGAACGUGUAUUUGACAACUCGAAGGAGAUCGCGUCGGCUGAAGAUGCCAAAUCUCACGUGCCUGAGUGUGAUUGUUGUUGUUGCGAACUAACACGACGACUCGACAGCUACGAGAUCGUGACGGCUGACUACAUUCAAGUAAAUACUCGAAGCAAGAACCCGGAGAAUGACUCUGCUGAGCCUUUUCAACUGCCGGACUUCCUGACCACCUAA